CUGCGGGGCUGAAGGGUGUGUGCGCGCGCGCAGACUGGCAGGUAGAGAGCCGCCGUCUCUCGGCGACUUGAUGGCAACGCAGGGACCGGAUUUUAAUGAAGCGGUCCCGUGGCACGCGCUGCGUGUGUGCAGAUUCAUGCACAACUUUAAUCUAGAUCUGCUCCUCCGGAGGGAACGUGGCCGAGGAGACUAUUGAGCGGAGAGACAAAAAAAAAAGAAAAAUCAGUCCUCAGCUGGCCGGGAAAGCCGAACACACCACCCGGCUUCCGGGGAUUCCGGGGCCGCUGCGGUUGACGGCAGACGUCGGUCGCUCGCUCGCUCAGGGGGGAGAAUACCCAACAUCGGCGGAGGCAUCCACCUCUCGAUCUCCGCAGCCUCUUUCGAGAUGUCAAGAAAGCUACAAAGGACAGAAGUCUGCGCUGACUGCAGUGCGCCAGACCCGGGGUGGACGAGCAUAAACAGAGGGGUCCUGAUAUGUGACGAGUGCUGUUCGGUACACCGCAGCUUAGGCCGCCAUAUCUCAAUAGUCAAACACUUAAGGCACAGCGGAUGGCCUCCCACAUUACUGCAGAUGGUUCAAACCCUGGCGAGUAACGGGGCCAACUCCAUAUGGGAGCACAGUCUCCUCGACCCGGCACAGGUGCAGAGCGGCCGUAGGAAACCAAACCCUCAGGACAAGGUCCAUCCCACUAAGUCAGAGUUCAUCAGAGCUAAGUACCAGAUGCUGGCAUUUGUGCACAAGCUUCCCUGUCGUGAUGAUGAUGGCGUCACUACCAAGGAUCUCAGUAAGCAACUUCAUUCGAGUGUGCGGACUGGGAGCUUAGAGACCUGUCUUCGCCUUUUGUCCCUCGGUGCUCAGGCAAACUUCUUCCAUCCGGAGAAAGGCACUACCCCACUCCACGUGGCAGCCAAAGCUGGGCAAAUCCUGCAAGCGGAGUUGCUUGUUGUGUACGGUGCAGAUCCUGGAGCACCUGACAUCAAUGGGCGCACGCCAAUGGACUACGCUAGGCAGGCGGGCCACAUAGAAUUAGCAGAACGUCUGGUAGAGUGUCAGUAUGAACUGACCGACAGGCUAGCUUUCUACCUGUGUGGCCGGCGUCCAGAUCACAAAAAUGGCCAUUAUAUCAUUCCUCAGAUGGCAGACAGAGCUCGUCCUAAGUGCCCCACACAGAGUUUGGACCUCUCAGAGCUAGCAAAGGCCGCCAAGAAGAAGCUUCAAGCGCUGAACAACCGUUUGUUCGAGGAGCUAGCCAUGGACGUCUACGAUGAGGUGGACCGCAGAGAAAACGAUGCCGUGUGGUUGACGACACAGAACCACAGCACUCUGGUAACAGAACGAAGCGCCGUUCCUUUCCUGCCAGUCAACCCCGAAUACUCCGCCACACGCAACCAGGGACGCCAGAAACUGGCCCGGUUCAACGCCCGGGAGUUUGCCACGCUCAUCAUCGACAUUCUGAGCGACGCCAAACGGAGGCAGCAGGGGAAGGGCCUGAGCCCUACUGACCCGUUGGACCUGGCUAUUGAUGAUGAUCAGCACGACUACGACAGCGUAGCAUCUGAUGAAGAUACAGACAGCGAGCUCGCCACCCACAACAACAACAACACGCAACGCAGCAACCGUGCAAAGAGUAUGGACUCGUCAGACUUGUCCGAUGGUCCCAUAACCCUGCAGGAGUACCUGGAGGUGAAGAAAGCUCUGGCCUCCUCAGAAGCCAAGGUGCAACAGCUGAUGAAGGUCAACAACAACUUGAGUGAGGAGCUCCGGCGCCUCCAGAAGGAGAUUACCCGGAUGCAGACAGAGAACAGCGUGCUGCGGGGGUGCCAGCAGGCUGGGGGGGCAGCUGGCCAUGGGUUAGGAGGGCCUGGUGGAGGAGGAGGAGGAGGAGGAGGAGGAGGACACUGGCCAGGGGGAGGAAAUCAAGUAGACGGAGGAGGCUCAGCUGGACCAGGAAUGGUCUCCCCAUCGCUCUUUGUGCCCUCCUCAACCGCCUCUCACUCCCACCCCCACUGGAGGGAGCGCCAGGCUUUUUCAAUGUACGUGCCCGGAGCCGUUCCUGGCCCCAUAGCCCAUGGCCCCCCAGCCCUGGACUCCCUGGCAGCUCGCCUGCAGCCCCUCAACACACCUAGCGUGAGAAAAGGUGGCACGGGGGGUGCAGUGACCUACGGAGGCCAGCCUCUGUCCGGCUCCACAGAGGUGGGCAGAUACAUGGUGCCUAAACCAGAGAAGCACGGCAGUGGCACAGACAGCGACUAUGACAACACGCACAUGUAUGACCCUUCACUGAGUGUGGGUCGCAGCAGUGAGGAAGAAAGUCGCGGCGAGUCUGAGGACGGAGGAGGCGGGGAGGGGGGAGAGCCGGACCCCACCCUACCCUGCACCGAGGACGUCAUAUUGAAGACGGAGCAGGUGACCAAGAACAUUCAGGAGCUCCUCAGAGCGGCGCAGGAGUUCAAACACGACAGCUUUGUCCCUUGUUCUGAGAAGAUCCACUCUGCAGUCACUGAGAUGGCUUCCCUCUUUCCUAAACGGCCGGCCCUGGACGCGGUCCACUGCUCCCUGCGCCUGCUGGCCUCCAGCGCCUCGCGGCUGCAGGUGGAGUGUCGCAAGGCGGUGCCGUCGGAGUCCGGGGCGCCGGCGGUGGACUACCAGCUCCUCACGCAGCAGGUCAUCCAGUGCGCCUACGACAUAGCCAAGGCCGCCAAGCAGCUGGUCACCAUCACCACUCGGGAGAAGAAGCAGUGACGCAGCAGAUGGAAAGAUGGCGAGAAGGGAUCCGUGGAGGAGAGGGACGUCGUAAUCGCACAGUAGCUGGGAGGACGGAGGAGGCGGAGCCGAUGGUGGCAUCGUGGACGGGCCAAAGACACGAUGCAUGAGAAAUAACCCCAUACAAGCCACAGAACACUACAAUGGACUGGAAGGGAGAGUGGGAUUGUGGGAGUUAUAGCCUGCAGCGACCUCAGAGUGGGAAUGUAUGAAUAGCCGCUGAACCUGAGGAGCGUACAGGAAGAACCACGCUGGGAGGUGUACAGUGACCCGGAUCCUGCAAAGUUACCGCUUUAUUUAUUCUCUGUCCCCUCUCCUCUGGCAGUUUGAGCCCCGCGGCAGAGGAGGACCCGUGUAGCUCCGCCCCCCGCCCCCCGCCCCGACAGCUUCUCGACCUCUGGUGGUACCCAGCAUGAUCUGGCAUGUUUCCCCUCCUUCCUCUCCUUUCAUUUGCAGAUCGGUUCGAUUUGCACCUUCGAAGUCAAACUUUGUUGUUUUCUUUUGUACUGACUCAAACAACACUUAACACUGGAAUCAUUGUGAAUUAUUGUUCAUGUCUGUCAUUUUUUUCUUUUUGUAUUGAUCAUUUUACUGACUGUCUCUUUGAGUUCAUUGUUAAUAUUGGUUCCGAUGCAGAGCAGGGGGGGGAGGGACGUUGCAGACGCUAAAGAACCUGGGAACCAGGCGCUCCUUCCACACCCACUCUGAUUUCUUAACCCCUCAUGGUGUGGAAGGGGGACGGCAGAGGCCGUUCAUGUUGUCCCUCAACACUCUUUUGUUUGUUUAUUUUGUACUUGAUUACUCUUAAAAAUGUGUCUCACUUAAGAGAGCCAGUGGAAUCAUCUCAGGAUCUGGCGAUCGGUGCCAAGUAGGAGAACGACGGUCCAGUUUUUCGCAUGAGGAUGAAACCUGUGCCCUUUUGCUGGCUCCGCCCCUCCAUUUACACAGCCGCCAUCCUUUUGCGUGCAUGUUAGUUAACAGUGGCAGACAGUUGCAGGUACGUUUUUUAUUAAAGUAACUCCUGGGAAGUGAAAGAUCUGGCAUAAAAACUGCAAACCUUUUUUUCUUGGGAAAAAAAGAGUUUUGCUUUAAGGCUGUUUGGUGGUCGAACCCGCAAACAGUCCACAGACACUCGAAGCUCCAGGUGACUGAACUCUGCCAGCAGGGGGCAUCAUUAGGAACAGAUCUCAUCUCAUGCUUUGACCCACAUGUCAGCGUUUCCAGCUGGUUGUGCUCUGCCAAACCAAUAUGGCGGUUUGGUCCAAGAUGCCUUUUUGUUUUUGUUUUCCAGCUUCCGCGAUUGUCUUCCUCCACUGCAGAUUCGACUUGAACCCGUUUUCCAAGUGCUCGUGCUUUCAGGACCUCGAACCAAAACACUGAUGGGAUCACAGCAGCUGCGCCUCAGAAUGCGCCGCCUUUUAGCAAGGCACCGUUACUGGAUUUUAGCCGUGUUUGAUUUACAGAUCCCUUCCCCGAUGUUUUAAUGGUUUCCUGCCGUGGCUUCAUGCUCGUUUCUGUGGGGACUUUAGUUUUGUUUGUUUUUUUAAGCCGUUUGAACUUCAUCUCCUGACUGAAAAGUCUCAAACAAAGCCUGAACUCGCAAAGGCCAAUAGUUCAAAUUAGAGCCAUAUCAAAUGUUUGUUUUUUCUUGGCCUCAAAGCGGGGAGGGGGGAUACAACGUAGUACCUGAAAUCUCCCAAGUUGACGUACCUGUAGACGUUUCAGGUACCACGCCGUGGUGUCCACCCCCCUCCUGUGUGGUCAUACAGUACAUGUUCAGUCCUACUGGAAUCCACAGGAAGCUAGGAGGAGGAGCCAAAGGACGGACCCAUGAGCGCCGAGCGUUGUGGUCUUUGUUGCACUACUUUUCAAACACUAGCCGAUUUAAAGUGUGCGGUUCCAAGUACACACAGCAUCAGAUUUUGGGAAAAGACCUGCAGCACACUUAAGCUCAGGACUAGAGUCAUCUCAAGAACGCACACGGCCUAGACACUACGCAGGGCGCUCGUCAAGCGGGAACGGCGCCCAUCUGCCUGGACCUUCUACGCUCUCAUGCCCAGAAAUUUAGCACAUACUGUUCAGCGUUUAGACACACCCGAAGCUCAUCAGUUUGACCAAUCCACAUGCAAGUUAGUAACUCUCCAAAAAUGCUGCCAGACCUCCCAAACCCCUGUGAAGGGGGCGUGGCCUGUGCUGGCGGGUGUUCGUUUUUCACAGCUCUACGCUUUGGGAGAUGGGGAGUGGCAGAGAGAUCUUUUAACAGAAGACUUAUAAAGAAUGACUGACUUUAAAAAAAGGUCACUUGUAAUGGAAACUCAUAAGCUGUACAUUUGUAAUAAAAUAAAACAAUUUAAUUGUCAUAA